AUGACAGUACUCUUAAACCGAAGUGGGCGGUCAGUCACCCCGACUAUAGGCCGUUUGUUCGCUCAUUUUGUUCUGAACCCACCCCAUGCCAGUUUCGCGCACCAUUCAAAAAUUAUUCACGGAAUGGAAAACCGCGUAUACACCAUCCCCGGAGCUCGCGGAGUUAAGGUGUCGAUUGGGGACGUAUCAAGGGAGAAUCUUGCCAAGGUUGAAGAACAGCUGGGCUCUGACAACCUCUAUUCCUCUUUCUGUGACGCGUCAGACCAUGCGUCAGUACAGUCAUGGAUUCAAGCGACUGACAACAAGUUUGGUCGACCGGAUGGUGUUGCUAAUGUUGCCGGUUCCGCUCCCAAAUGCACAUCCUACGAUAGUCGAGUCAUGAGUCAGGACAACUAUGAUUGGGAACGCAUAAUUCGGAUCAACAUUACCGGAACGAUGUAUCCAAUGAAGGAGGAGGUGAAACAUAUGCCUAAUGGUGGAAGCAUUGCGAAUGUUGCGUCCUAG